AUUUUUUUCGACAGUUAAAUUUUCAAAUAUACCAGUAUUACCAGUGUCCUCGUACUCCUCAGUCCCCGAGCAAAGCAAAGUGCAAACCAAACCAACCGUCAGCAGGAAUCACAAAGAAGACGUAGGAAUGUAGGAGUAAUUUAUGGGUAGAGAAUACCAAAGGAUCAGUGCAAUUUUAAUCAAAGAUUUUUAACAAUUUAUAAUGAGUAACGAACAUUCGACAUCAACUCAGGAGUCCCAGGCCGCAGGCAUUGAACGCGGUCUAAACCUGAAUAUGGACGCCUUGGAAGAGCUUGACUUUGAUAUCAUUGAGGAUAUGCCAUGGGCGCAGAACUUAUGGGAGAAAGUUGAGCAGCAUAGCAAAAAAGGCUUUCUCAACUGGUGUAAAAUUGUAAAAAAAGUAGCCGGUAACAAAGGCGAAGAUGUCCUUAUGUGGAAUAAUGAGUAUCUCAGGUCGGUCGAUGAGAUUUUUUGCGAUAUGGUGGCCGAAAUGUCGCGAAUUCAUUCGUCAACCAUUAAUAAAAUGCAAGAAUUUUUCACUCGACUAGAAAAGGCGUGCAUCGAACUCCACCAACCAAUGCCUGAAAUAAAGGAAGAAGGUUUAAGUCUUUACGAAGCCCAGCAACAAUUAUUGAAAUAUGUCAAAGAAUAUGAAGUUGUCAUCAAUGCUAAGAAACUAGCUCUCGAAAAUCUUAACAAAAAACAAAUACAAUUAUGCAAAGAGUUGGACCAGAAACUACAAAUUGAUUUGAAGUACCCCCCACUGCCUACCCAAGCACAGUUUGAUAAAUUGAAGAAGUAUAUCGAUAAAUUAGAAGCAGAAAAGUUUGAACGCGAAGAAAAAUUUGUAAAUUUGAAACAUGAAAUCGCAGAAAUCGUUGAUGAAAUCAAAUACAAACCAAAUAGCGACUUUGAAAGAGAGGUAUUGUCUUCAGAUGAUAUGAUGUUAAGUAACCAGAAUCUAAAAAUGCUGGAGUUUUUCGCCAAGUGUAUGAAAGAGCUCAAACUAUCCACCGAAGAAGAAGUGUCACAUUUAAGAACAAGAAUUGAAGACCUAUGGAAAAUGUUGGAUAUCGAGUUAAUAGAUAGAGAUGAAUUUAGAAGUCAUUAUACAGGCAACUCAUUAGACACUUUGGAAGCGUUAAAAAUUGAAGUUAAAAGAUGCGAGGAACUUAGAAAAGCCAACAUAAAAAAUUUUGUGGACAAAUUAAGAGACCAACUCCAGACUAUUUGGACAAAAUGUCAAUGCUCAGAUGCGGACAAAAAGAGUUUCAGGUAUUUUUACAAUGAUUUUUAUACAGAGGAUUUGCUUGACCUGCAUGAAUUGGAAAUUCAAAAAUGGAAGAAAUAUUACGAAGAAAACGGCAAACUUCUGGAUAUAAUAAAAAAGCACCAGGAAUUGUGGGAUAAGAUGAUUCAAUUUGAAGAAAAUGCAACUGGAGUAAAUAGAUUUAAAAAUCGAGGUGGUCAGUUGCUGCAAGAAGAAAAAGAACGCAAUAAACUCUCUAAAGUAAUACCUCAACUGGAAGAACAAAUGUUGAAUCUGUCUGGAGCGUUUUUGGUUAAGAACGGUGUAGUUUUCAAGACUUUUGGUAGCACUGUCGAGGAAUAUAUCCAAAAUUUGCACGAGUCCCGUGAAAACGACCGUAAAACUAAGCUGAGCGCUCGGAAAUUGCAACGUUGUGAAACAACUCUUCGCACUCCAGGUAAAUCUUGUAUGAGCUUAUUUCCACCAUCCACAAGUAAGUGCACUACAGUUACCCCAAAAACGCUUGCGUCUGCUUCCAAAAGGAAGAUAUUUGCCACUCCUAAUACGGAGAAUACUGCAAAGAGGCCUAAGGCAGCACCUGCGACUGUUGGUUCAAAAACGAAAGGCACACCAAGAGUGAUUCCUAAAAUCAAGGUUACACACCAAACCAUGUCACUGCCUAAACAGCGCAGGUCACGUUCGUUCCAGGAAAAACAGAAACGGAAAAGGGCCCUCAGGCAAAGUAGGGGUGCUCAAAAUGAAAAUGUGGUUCCUGAUCCAAAUGAAACUAAGGAUACAACGUACCAUGACUUUCAGAGCAACUUGUCGAAUAAAGGACAAUCCACGCGCAGCACCAUCUUGCCAAGUGAGCUAAUUCCAGCGACUUCCUCACAAGCUACUAAAAGGACACCUAAAAAAACUCCCACUUUUAAAACUCCAACCAGGACUCCAGCAUCUGCAAAAACUCCUUCCUCUAGGACCCCUAAUGGGACUAAAAAUGAAACCAAGCUUGCUGUGUGCAAGAGUAAAUUGAAGUUACUGUUUUAGUUGUGUUGUGAUGAUAUUUAUUUGUUUUGGAGUAUUUGAUUUUUUUUUAUAUUUUUACAUGCAUAUAAUCAUUUCCAAUUUGUAUGUUUUGUUUAUUAAAUUAUGUUAUUUGGGAGUCUCUUUUGAGGUUCAUUUAGAACUGGAAAAUGGUAAGUUUAGUUAAAUUGGUGCAAAGUGGAGUAUUUCCAUGUUGAACAAAAUGGCCUUGCAAAUACAAAUAUGAUACCUACAUUCCAAAUACUUACUGAUGAGAUAUGUUGAAAAAUCAAAAUUUUGCAAAAUAAUAAGGCUGGGAUUACCCAAUCUUAAUCAUUCCGUGUUCUCAGUGUUUUUAAAUGAGGGUACUCAUUCAAAUCUUUAAUAAGCAGAUUUCAAAUAAUCAGAAACCACAAAAAGCAUCUUUUUACAAAAAUUGAGGAGCUUGUGGCGGGAUUCUGUAACGGACAGAGAUCGUUAUCUCUUUUGCUAUGGCACUUGCUGUUUUCUUCUCUCUUUCCGAAAUCAAUAGAGAGGGGACGUCAAUAGAGAAUGCGAAAAUAUCUCUCUGGUAACCCUGGCCUUAUUUUGAAAUUAUAUUCCAAUUGGGGCAACCUUUUACCCUCUUCAAGGAGCUGCUACCAAAUUUGAAAUAUGCUGAUACCUUUGGCCAUUGUAUAAUGACUGGCCAAAAACAAGAAUUUGUAUUGCCAUUCUUGUUUAUCAACAAUAUCAUUGUUGAUGGUUUCCACAGGAGUACAUUCAAAGUUACAAUGACUCCGAAUAAUCCUAGGAAAAAUAGAAACGAUUUUGCAAAAUAUGAUGUUUUUUCACGAUAUCCAGAUUUUAUAGCGGCAUUUUGUUGAACAAAAACAUUGCACUAGGUAAAACUUGUUGGCAAAAGCCGAAAAUGUUCAUUGCCUCUUGUGCAAAAUGUAUUAUAUGUAUUUUUUUCUAUUUGUAUUGUUUAGAUUUCUCAGUAUUUUACUUAAUGGAAAUAUUUUUUUUUUUUUUGGACACAAAAGUUGUAAUGUUUAUUAUUGUCCAGAAGGUAUUUUUAUUUUUGUAUUAUGUAUUUUAUAUUGUCUUUUGUUUCUUGUUUUUUUCCCAAAAUUGUUAAAUAUACUUUAAUGGAAUGGCAUUAAGGAAAAAAUAUUAUUUAAAAGUUGGUGGAAGAUUUAUAAAAAGCCACAUAAUAUAAAUAUAUUUUAUUAAGGACUUUACAAUUAACCAUAAAUAUAUUUUAUUAAGGACUUCACAAUUAACCAUAAAUAUAUAGUUUAAAACCAG